AUGGAUGAUAAUCAAGGAAAAAUGGUUGUUAUUCAGUCUGAACCAGUGAGUGAUAAUCAGCCUAAGCCAAAAGUUGAUGAUGAUAACUCUAAGACUAAUAAUGUUGAUUAUGAAGAGUUUAUUGAUAUGGAAUUUAUGGUACAAUCUACUAUUCCUAUAAGUUUCUUUUAUUCUGAUGCAUCUUCUAUGGUUAAGAUUCCUCAGGGAACUUAUAAUGACAUUGAGUCUGACGAUGAUCGGCUCAAUCCAAUAAAAAUAAAUGCUUCCUUAUUAGGGAUGGAAAAAGACAUUGAGACUGUAAGUUCCUCAGAACUGGCAAAUAAUCAUUGA